GGGGGGCCGGCCUUGGUUGGCAAAGUGAUAUCGUUGGACAGCCAAAGUGCUUGUCUACGUACUGGCGCCGCGCGCCUUGCUAGCUAAGCUUGAACGGCAGGCCGCGGGGCGGCCUGAUUUGGGCGCUUGCCGUUUGCGCCCCCUCUGUCUUCACCGUCGUGUUUUCCUGCAUGCUUUGCCGGCGCGCCGACGCAGCGAGCUCGGGGGAAGGGAAGCCGGGCCCCUCUUUUCUGCUCUGGCGCCCCCCUGCGCACUACGAUUGGCAAGCCGGAAUCGUUGGCGGCGGUGUUCGUUGUGUUCGAACGACCGCGCGCGCCCGAUGCCGCCGGGCAUUUUUUGUGGGCGCCUGCGCGGCCGGGUGAGGGUCCGUGCCUUGCCUAGGAGAUACCUCUCACCGACCAGGGAAG